AACUUUGAAGGAACCGCGUUAUAUAUGUUACCAAUGUCUCACUGAACCGCGUCCUGCAAACCAACGCGCUUCGGAUAAUUUGUUUAAUCUAUGCCAAGGUGGCUCUGCCUUUGAAUACUAAAAAUGUUGCCUUCACUUUUGGAACAUGGGGAGAUGCUGAUUGGCUCUAGCAUACCGAGGAGCUGACUACGAAUAAUUAUAUGUUUGUGCUGGAUCUGGAUCUGGAUCUAACCUCUCCUCCUUCACCUCCCCCUUCUCCACAGGAUUACACAACAUCUGGAACCUACUCACUAUCCACUGCAGAAGGACAUCUCCAGGAUCAAUCUUUGAAGGCAGGGGUUAUAUAGCUUGUCGCCGGCGGCUUGCUGGAGCAGAGAGGACGAUUCCGGCAGCAGAGGAGUUGGAGGGCGCUGGUUCCUGGUUGAGGUUUCAGAAGGUCCAAGCCAGCUGAUAUAACAUGACUGCAGAAAAGAUACCGCUACAUGACUUACUUGAGAUUACAAAUGGAUUCUCAGUGUGCUCAAGAAUAGGACAGGGUGAAUAUGGAGAUGUUUACAGGGGAGCUUACCAUGGGAAAGAGGUUGCUGUGAAGUUGCUUCGGGUUGAUAUGGUGCAAGGAAUUGAUGACCAACAAUAUAUCAAUGAAAUUAGUCACUUUUCAAGGGUUAAGCAUCCAAAUGUCGUAGAGUUACUUGGAUAUAGUUCUGAAACACGGUCUGAGUUGGUCAAACACAAGGAUAAGCAAUGUUAUGUCAAACACAUAGAUAGAGCCCUCUGCUUUGAGUAUUUGCAUGGAAGCCUAGACAAGCGUCUUCCUGAAAAAUCUUUUGCACCUGAUUGGAGUGCACGUUACAAGAUUAUAAAGGGCAUUUGUGAAGGAUUAAAUUUCCUUCACAGGUGUGAACCACCAAUUUUUCAUCUUGAUCUGAAGCCUGCCAAUAUAUUACUAGACAGUUUCAAGGUGCCUAAAUUAGUAGAUUUUGGAUUGGCAAGGGUCACCAAUGGAUGGCACACUCAUGUCACGAGGUACAUGUCACCAGAAUUCAUAAACGAUGGCAUUAUCUCACAUAAGAAUGAUGUCUUUAGUUUUGGUGUUGUGAUGAUAUAUAUAAUGACAGGAACUUCGGAUUACUCCGAUCAUACAGAAAUAUUCGGAGUCCCGCAAUACGGGAAGAAGGUACAUACCGAUUGGAAGAAUAGGAUAGAAGCCACAUCGGACUGCCCAUCAGAGGAAUUACAUCAAGUGCAGACGUGCAUCGACACAGCCAUGUGUUGUGUGGAGCCUGAUAGAAACAAUCGACCCACUAUUGCAGAAGUCCUGGAUAUCCUGAACAAGACGGAAACUCAUAUUCCCAAGAGACAGUUGAAGACGAUGCAAGAUGAACUGGACAAUAUCACAAAUAAAAUUUUCAAUUGCAUGCCAAAAGAUAGCGUUAACAUAAAUGCCCAGCAAGUUCCAAACAGGGAAACAUCAGAUGUGGAGCAAACAUUAAUCCUUGGAAGGACUGAAGAAAAACAUAACAUAUGGUCUAUGAUUGAAGCUACAUCGACGUACUGAUGCGAGGAAUUACAUCAGCUGCAAAUGGAUCGAGCUAUUACACUACAAAAUGAACUAGAGAGUAUGCUAACUGAUGAGAGCGCUGAACCAAAGCGCAUAGCAUUAUCACUUCUUGAGAUCAUCACCAACGGUUUCUCUGAUGAUGAAAUCAUUGGCAAUGGCGGGUUUGCCAGGGUUUAUAAGGGAAUGCUUCGCAAUGGCAUGAUUGCUGUAAAGAAGCUUCUCGUAACAAUUGAUAUUGACGAGAAUAAAUUUAUAGAAGAGGUUCGUUGUUUGAUGAAUGCAAAGCACAAAAAUAUAGUACGGUUCCUAGGAUAUUGCUCCGAGUCACAAGGUGAAAUGCUGAACUUCAAUGGAAAGUUGGUCUUGGCCGAUUUAUGGCAAAGGGUUCUAUGCUUUGAAUAUAUAUCCGAAGGGAGUCUUGAGAAGAAAAUCAACGAUGCAUCAUGUGGACUUGAAUGGAGUAAGCGCUAUGAAAUUAUCAAUGGAAUUUGUGACGGUUUAUAUUAUCUUCACCAAAACCGCAUCGUUCACUUGGAUCUUAAACCUGCAAACAUAUUGCUAGAUCGUAAUAUGAUGCCAAAAAUUGCUGAUUUUGGCCUCUCAAGACGCUUAUGUGAAGGUCAAAGCAAGAUUAUUACUUCAAACUUUACCGGAACUAUGGGUUAUAUUGCACCGGAAUACUGGUGUGGGCAGAUCGCAUUGAAGUGUGACCUAUAUAGUCUUGGUAUUAUAAUCAUAGAGAUACUAACAGGAGCGAAGGGAUGUCCCAAUAUUGACGAUGUACUUAAUAGUUGGAGGAAUAGGUUGGAGAAAACAGAGAGAGAGACACAACUAGUACAGUUACGAGCAUGCGCUGAGAUAGCAAUUGAGUGCACUGCGUAUAACCCAGCGGAAAGACCAGAUAUAGUGCGUAUAAUUGAUAGGCUCCGUGCAACAAAAAGUACUGAGGAGUCUGCUGCUUCUUCGCACAAAGGUCAGGAAUCUCUUUGAGACUCAAGUGCAAGAGGGUUGAAGCACGAUUCUUGCACCAGGACACUGGACCAUCAGGCCACAGCUAGCUUACAUAGCAGCUUCUUCAGCCUUUAACUCAUCAAGGAUCUAUCAUAUUCCCAGGAACUACAAUUUUCGAGCUCAUCAUCAGGCAAAACUUGCACUAAAGCUUAAAAAUAGAACAUUUAGCUUCAGGUGCUUAGCUUCAGGCAAUGAUACAUGCCUCAUUGCUCAUGUAAUGGUGCAAUCUCCAGUGCUGCAAUGCACAUUUGUACAUGUACGUUGUUGCUAGAUCAAUAAAAUAUUAUGUGUUCA